UCGGAUGGCACUAGAGCAUAGGGGGACCCCCAGCGCCAGAGAUUUAUUUUGGGCGAUCGCGAGAGGAAUUUCUCCCAGCUCCAUCCAUCCAGAGGGAAGAUGGCAGGGCGCACGCCUGCAAAGAAAUGCUUCCAGUUCUAGCACAGUGAUCUUCCCGAGAUGAAUGCCGCUCCGGCGGGGCCGAGAUUUCGCCAGCCGGAUGAUGCUUGAGGACGAUGGAAUUCGUGGGUCGAUUCCAGGCGCUGGUGCGAAAUGUGGCUGUAGCUCUUGAGAAGCCCAACAAGGAGAGAUCCAAAUGCCCGAGAUGCAAGGGCUCGGGGCUGCUGGCACAGAGAGCGCCGUGGGAUUGGGGCCGUGGGACUGUCUCCAACGAUCCUUGCUGGUUCUGCGAAGGGAUCGGUGUGAUGCCUGUUGCUGGUCUCACUGGCUUCUUGCUCGCAAGAGCAUCGCCAGCUUUCCACACUCGAGAUAGCAAAGCUCCCUCCCAGCUUCCAAUCAAGGUGCAACUCUACCUGGGAAAAUAUCCAGGAACUCGGCCAAAGUUUUCCACGCACAAGGUUUGUGACAAUCCAAAGGACUUGCUCCACGACUUUUCGCGAGUUCCCGACUGGCUUUGCGGCGAGGAGUUCCAGCACUUUGAGACGCCACGAGCACCGAAAACUAGCAUGGCAAGCGGUGGGACUCUAUCUCCCAGGACCAGUCCAGUCACAGGAACACGAAGAGGAAGCUCUAGUCUUUUCCGCACCAAGUCAAGCACACAAGCCCGGCCUGAUGGCGGCGUCCCUCGCUUCUCUCGCCAACUUGGGAUGGCGUCGAGCACUCCUCGUUCGUCACCACCAGCUUACGGGACAAGGAGUCCCUCGUCUUCACCAAAGGAAAGACAGACACCGGUGGUGUUGAUACCAGUUUCUUCAACGCUCGAGUCGCCCAAGGAUACCGUGGAAGCUGAAGACGCAGGAGCGCCGAAGUCUGUUCGCUUCGCUCGAAGAAGUCCGAGACACUUCAAGGCACCCAGGAGAGAGAGGAACCGGAUCCGAGAGGAGGCGGAGAAAGAGGCCGUGGAGAGAGCCCGGAGGAGCGUACAAUCAGUUCCUGGGGCAACCGAGAUGGAAAAACAAGACCAAGCUGGAGCUCCAAGCUCAGGUCCAACACUUUGGUCCCUGAACGAUCUGAGCAAGCCAUCGUCGAGCUGGGCUUGGGCUUCCAAACUCCCUCUGCCUCCCUGGUUGGAGCCCUGGAAACGAUCGUCACUGGGAAAGCAUUUCUGGGUGAAUCAGAUGGUGUAUGGAAGCCUCAAAGACCGCACUGCUGCACCACUCUCCCGAAUGCCUAGUAAAGCAUUUCUUUAGAAUCCCUUGCUUGUAAGCUUUCUUGGAAAGAAAGCUUAGUUUUAAUCAUAUGAGAGUUUAUUCGUAUUUU